CACAUCGUUUUAUAACGAACACGUUACACCUCUUCGGUUUUCAUUUGGAAAGGUCCGGUAAGCUAUGGACGAGGACGUCAGCGAUUUGAGUCCUAUUAAACUUUGUUGGUCCAUCCAGGUGAAGGUCUUAAACAAAUGGCGCGAGAGGUCUGCUAGGGGUCGUCGUUCUGUUCGAAUGGUUUUGGCUGAUGAGCGGGAUCAUAGGACAGAGGCCAAGAUAAAAUAUAAAGACAUCUUUCGAUUGGACUCCAAAUUCAAAGAUGGUGAUUGGGUAGUUAUUCAUCACUUUCUGCUGAAAACUGUUACCGAAGAUAGAAGAACCACCAGGCAUGAUUACCGGAUCGUUUUUCUAGAAACGACUAUUUUGAACAAGAUUUCACCAAAGGAUGCUCUUGAACACACUCUUUCUGAUGUAUCAUUUCCUAAGGUCUUGGGUGAUACUCUAGACAAGACCUACUUGAUUAGCUUGAUUGGUUUUGUUGUUGAUCCUGGUGAACUUCAUUAUUUUGACCCAAGUAGACAGACAUAUGAUUUUGCUGUGCUUGUGUUCGAUAUUCAAGAUCACGACGACAAUGUUAUCCAAUGUAUUGCAAUCGGGAGUUUCGCGGAACAAUUUCAUGACGAAUGGAGAAGAGCUAGGGGUGAACGAAUUGUAUGCGUGCUACAGUGGUGGGGAAUUCAUAGAUCUUCGGCUGAUUAUACAAUGAAAGGAAAAAAUGUUGUUCAAACCGUUGGUAAAUGUAGCCGGUUGGAUAUCAACCCGGAUAUACCCGAGGUUGAAGAAUUCCUAGAGAUAUUAGCCGCUGAGGAAGCUAAUGAGGCAGGUUCUACCGCUUCUGAAGAUUGAAACGUGUGCAUGGUGCUGUAGUUCACUGAACUAUUCUGUUUAUCUUUUUUAAAAAAAAUUGGUGUGCUGUUUUGCCUUGAUCAAUAAGUGUUCAAACCAGUGUUCGUAUCAGUCGACAAUUCGGUUUCAAUUUACUUUGAUUAUGUUGUUAUCUUAUCAGUAUUCUUAUCCUUUAUAUGUCGUAUUUUAUUAACAAACAAAUUACUCAUAG